GUACAAAUAAUCUCAAAGAAAAUGGCGUGACACGAUAUGCGUUCGCAAAUUGCGAUUAUGAUAAACAGAGAUUCGGGAAAAGCGCCAAAGAGAAUAUUUGCUGCCUGAGACGAAAAAUAGACGUCGAAUUUUCUAGAUUGCAAGAUAACGAGGCAAAGCAUCGAGCAUGAUUCCAUGAUCGUAACAAAAUUUACAUACAGUUAUAUAUCUCAAGAUAAAAUAUGGAUGAAAAUAGACCAACAGAAGGAGUGCCAAGGGAAAACUGUAAUUUGACAAUGCCAGAUAUAUCAAAUUCAAAUCAAGACAGACAAAUUCAAGACUUGCCAGGUGAUACGAGAUAUACAUUGGGAAACAUAAGCCCUGAAACAGCAUUUAAUUUUGGUGUCAGAACAGCAGAACGCUCUAGAAUAUUUGCAGAUAAUAUAUCCUCCACCAUUCAAGGAAUUCGUCCUCUUAUACAACAGGCAGCGCCUAAUAUAUCAUUGACAUCACUCUUGAGCAUUCAUGGACUUCGAAACCAAGUUCAUUCGGCUGCAUUACCAAAUGACAGCUAUGUGAUCAAUUUAGAAGAACCUAUAACAAACAAUACUCGCAAUGAUCCUAUGCGCAACCAUUACCACAUAACAUCAACAGUAUCAAAUGAUUUAUCGAACAAUACGCACGAGGGUGCAAACGAAAUUAUAGAAAGCCAAAAUAAUAAUAAUGCCUCAGAGAAUACUACUGCCAACAGCAGUAAUGUCCAAAUAGGUCCAGAAACUCGAGCGAUGCUGAAACAGCUUCAACAAUAUGUUCCCUUUAUUGCUAUUCUUCUUGCUAAGGGUUUUUACGAUCAUAGAGCCGGAAUAUUCAUGUUUGUUGUACUGCUGAUUGCAUUCAUUCACGCUAAUAAUGAUCUUAAACGUGAGAUCGCCAAACAGCAUAAUCGUAGUUGGUCGUUGCUUAUGCUGAUCUUGUGUUACAUUACUGCCUGCAUCUUCUUUGUCGGUUACACGUUCGAUUUGCACGCCUUCAUUCCUUAUGCUGAACCACUCACAAUUUGGGACUUACUGUGUUAUGUCACAGUAAUGGAUUUCUUCCUCAAACUCAUUACUAUUAUGUGCAAAGUUCUUUUGACUUGUUUACCAGUAAGAUUAUUGGCAUUCCAAAAUCGCGGCAAGUAUUAUCUUAUGGUGGAAGCGACGUCUCAGCUUUAUCGAUGUGUCGCACCUGUUCAACCGUGGUUGUAUUACCUGUUCGAGACGUAUCAAGGUCCAGAGAAAAUCGUAGGAAUUUUCUUCUCAGUGAUGUAUACCAUGAGUAAAGGCAGUGAUCUAUUAUCACGUUUCAAACUGUUUCGCACUGCUGUAUGGAAAUUAUUCCAAAAUGUGAGCUUAGGAGUAUCUCCGUCGAAAGAACAACUGGUUGCAUCCGGCGGUAUAUGUGCCAUUUGUCACGAAGAAUAUACUACGCCGGUCAGGCUUCAUUGCAAGCAUAUUUUCUGCGAAACGUGCGUGUCAACGUGGCUCGACAGAGAACGAUCGUGUCCACUGUGUCGUGCAUCCAUCACAGAUGAUCCAAUAUAUCGAGAUGGCCAUACGACACACUUUAUCCAAUUGUAUUGAUUCUGUCUUCAAAAAUGAUAUCUUCUCUUGUACAGUCCUUUCAUAAUAUUAUUAAGUAAAAACGUAACAAGUUUUUAUUAAUGACAAACAU